AUGAUCGGAGUACUCGCAAUCGUUUUCGCGGUCCAAGCCACGGCGGUGCUAGCCGGAGGCGCCAGGUACCCGUCCGGACUGAACCCGGCCCUGUGUCCCAAUUACCCACACUGCGACAACGUGCUGUUGGCCGCUUACGCCCAACCUGCGGCCGGCAACGAUUACAACGACCAUUACACCAACAACAACAACGCCGGUCAGUAUUACGGUUCCGGUUACCAGCACCACCCGUCCGAGGCGUCCAACUACCACAACAACCAGCCACUGGUCCCGGCGCCGUACACCGAGCCCGGUUACCCCGCCGGCCUCUCUUCGUCCAACUGCCCUAACUACCCGUACUGCUCACACCAGGUACCGGCCGAGGCGCUCAGGUACGCGCACAAGAGGUACCCGUCCGGCGUCAGCCCGCAGAACUGCCCCAACUACCCAUACUGUCACUGA